CCCGUGGGUCCCGAUCAGCAGCUGUGGCAGGUGUGCAUAGGUCCCAGAUUGGUGGGCAAGAGGCAAGGGUUUAGGUAUCGCAUGGAGAGACCAAAGUGGCGCGUGGAACAGGCGCUCUUGGCGCCCGCAACUUCCAACCAGGGUUUCCUGUCUUCUCCCUGCUACCCGCCUCCUCGUAACAGGGAGUCCUGAUAGCUAAGCCUCUGAGCUUUCUGCUACCCUGAGUAAGGGAGUCGAGCCUUACUGGUGUACCAGGACCCAUUUAGAAGCACUUCCGUUAUGUCUGGCAAGAACCUGGAAAUCGAGUUUUUCAAGAGGAAGGUAAACGGGGGCUUACGACCCUGCGGCGUCUUCACCACACCCUCCCCACCCCAGCAGGGUUGGAGCUUCCACCAUGGGAUGGGAAGGGGAUGCAGACUGCACACCGCGUCCGCCGAUACGGCCUUGCCCCGUGUCCGAGCGCCGCGUGGUCACCGUGAUCUUCCUUGGCCUACUACUCGACCUCCUGGCCUUCACGCUGUUGCUACCUCUGCUGCCAGGACUCCUGGAGAGCCACGGCCGCGAACAAGACCCCCUCUAUGGCUCCUGGCAGCGUGGGGUAGACUGGUUUGCUACAGCCAUCGGGAUGCCAGCAGAGAAGAGGUACAACAGCGUCCUAUUCGGAGGUCUCAUCGGCUCAGCCUUCUCCCUCCUUCAGUUCUUCUCCGCACCACUCACCGGAGCUGCUUCUGAUUGCCUGGGGAGGCGCCCAGUAAUGUUGCUAUCCCUGACAGGUUUGGCCAUCUCCUAUGCAGUAUGGGCUGCCUCUCGGAGUUUUUCAGCGUUCUUGGCUUCCCGGGUGAUAGGAGGCAUCAGUAAGGGGAAUGUUAGCCUCUCCACAGCCAUCGUCGCUGACCUGAGCUCACCUCCAUCCCGCAGUCAAGGCAUGGCAGUCAUCGGGGUAGCCUUCUCCCUGGCCUUUACCGUGGGCCCCAUGCUCGGAGCAUUCCUGUCUGUGGAAAUGGUGCCUUGGAUCAGCUUACUCUUUGCGGUCUCCGACAUGUUGUUUAUCUUCUGCUUCUUGCCAGAGACACUGCCCCAGGAGAAGCGGGCUCCCUCUGUCACCCUGGGCUUCCAUGCUGCUGCCAACCUGCUCAGCCCCCUGGCCCUGCUUCGUUUUGCCGCUGUCACCCACAGUCGGGAUCCACCUGCUGAGGACAGACUUAAGAGCCUACGUCGAUUGGGGCUUGUCUACUUCCUCUACCUCUUCCUGUUCUCGGGCCUGGAGUAUACACUCAGCUUCCUUGUACACCAGCGUUUCCAGUUCAGUAGCCUGCAGCAGGGCAAGAUGUUUUUCUUCAUCGGCCUCACCAUGGCCACAAUACAGGGCACCUACGCCCGACGGAUCAGCCCUGGCAAGGAAGUUGCAACUGUGAAGCGGGCAAUGCUGCUGCUGGUACCAGCCUUUCUCCUCAUUGGCUGGGCUCAUUCACUGCCCAUGUUGGGCUUGGGACUGCUGCUCUAUUCCUUUGCCGCUGCUGUCGUGGUGCCCGGCCUGUCCACCAUGGUCUCCAGCUAUGGUUCUCCUGGGCAAAAAGGCACAAUCAUGGGCAUACUGCGGAGCCUUGGCGCCCUAGGUAGGGCAGUGGGACCUAUGGUGGCCGCCUCAGUGUACUGGCUGGCUGGGGCCCAGGUCUGCUUCACUGUGUGCUCCGGGCUCUUUUUACUCCCCUUCUUUCUCCUGUGGACGUUGAGGCAUCCAGCACCGACUUUCAAGGAGGAGUAGCUGAGCUACCGCAGCACCUUGGCUGCCAAGUCGGAACCUUGGCCAUGACCACUCUCCACUCCUAGCCCACUCCUUCCUCCAGUCUCAGAGAGGCUUGCCACCCCCCUCCCCUCAGUAUGGCAUCCCAGCAGGAAGCCGGCAGCUUUACCCUCUUCUUACUCCAAAGGCCUUUAGGCUUCUGAUUGUUUUUUAUCUGUCAUCCUUUUGAAUGACCAAUAAAGCAGCUAUUUUGUACCAAG